AUGAGUGCCAAAUUGGAUGAGUCCACCGAGUACGGACGUGUGUACUCAGAUUCACGGUCGUCUAAGAGCUCGGAGUCACUUCCAAAUAAUCACGCAGAGGAGACAUUGCUCCACGGCUUCCUAGACCCUCGACCGGCCUCCAGACCAUGGAGACUCGUCGGAUUUCUCGGGCUCACCAUUAUCAACACUCUACUUCUGGUUGCCACACUGGUGACACUUACACGCUCCGGAUAUAAUAAAAAUACUUUGUGUUCUGAGCAAGACUGUGCUAUCAUGACGUCCCUGUAUUCCCCUCUUCUGGAACCUGGUUCUGGUGCUAUCGAAUAUGAACACGUCAUGUUCCAAGGUGCCCUUGAUCAUAAAAGCAUUUACAAAGGAACACCGAACAAGGACAUGGAUGAAGCCUGGACAUUUCUCACACAUAAGAAUAAUUCAAUAGUCACUGGCGAUGUGCUGGAUCGAAUUGGAAAAUCUCGCUCUGCCGUCAAAUACACAGAAGACCAAGAACCUGGCGGCAUGUACUUUGUUGGAAUAGAAGUAUUCCACCAGCUGCACUGUCUCAAUUUAGUUCGUCAAUUCACGUAUCGGGACUACUAUAAUCGUGCAGAGAACAAGCCAGAGGCGUUUACUGAUUCCGAGGGCAUCCUUCGGAAGCACGUCGACCACUGCAUUGAUAUGUUACGGCAGGCCAUUAUUUGCCAUGGUGACGCCGGCAUUGUUACAUAA